CGUCUGAGUGCACUCGUGAUGCGUUCCCCACCAAAGCUUGGCUGAUGCUUCUCAGAAAGGUAUCGCAGAGACCCCAGGAAUGCAGCGCACUUGCCCGGUCUGUUUUCCUCUCUCCCCGGCCAGCCGUGUCGUUUCGCGCCGGGAGUCAAGAUCCCGAGGUGGCCGGUGAGGUCUGAGUGAGCGGUCUAUCGCACUAAGGACGGAAGGACGUCUCUCGCGCAUCGAUCACCGGGAAACGCGACGUACGUGCGGCAAUGCCUCCGAAACAAGUCGCAGUAGAAGACAACAACGUGUCCCCGUCCCAGGUCUCUUACUCCGUGCUUCUCGUAGACCGACCCUGCUGGGUCGCCGACGCUUGCGUCUCGCUUCGUCGUCAAAGUCAUGCAGCUGCACCGGCACAGCGCGUCCCGCGAUGAGGCCCACAUGCAAACGCUGAGGGAACUAGCCAUUCCGCUUCUCAAAGAACGAAACCACAGUGGCACCGCUGGUGGUGCUGGUGGUAACAACAACAACAACGGCAGUGCUGCGGUCGGUGGUAGUUGUGGUGGUGCUGGUGGCGGCACAGGCUCGGGUCUGGCUCCGUCCGCAGGACCGCGGGUCGCCGCGUUGCCCAUCUCCUUGCAGAACAUUGCGUACGUGUCGGUGCUUCGGCGGGCCGUGGCCCAAGCCACAGCCGCGGCCGAAGCCAAUGCAGCGGCCGCUGCGGCCGCAGCCGUGGCUGCUGCGGCAGCCGCGGCUGCCAAGUCGUCCAGGAACGGCCAGGGGCGGCCGGCCAAGCUCAGUUUCUCGGUGCGCGACAUUCUGGACUUAACUCGUUCCUCGGAGCCAACGGACAGUCCCCGGUCUUACCUGGAGGAGGUGGCGGAGGAGGUGGAGGUACGUCGGUUGGAGGUGGUCCGGUCGGCGGUGGUGUUUCGGCGUCCUGACCUGUGCGGCGGGCCCGCUGGUGGCUGGACCACGUCCGGACAUGUCCACGGUGGCAACCCGGCCGCGGGCGGCCUGGGCCAGGACCUGGGAGCGUCUCCGUACUCGCUGCACUAUGGCGGAGUGUGCUCGGACACGGCGUACCGGUGGUUCCACCCGACGCCGGACAUGCUCUCGUACGGUGCCCUUGCGCUGGGCUCGAUGGGUGGCGGAGGCAUGGACGCAUUGCAGGGACAGCUCCCCGUGGGUUCGGACCCCUCACCGCUCCUCUCGGAGGCCGGAGAGCUGGGCGAGCCUCCGGCACUCGCGGCCUCGCCCCACCAGGAGUCGCCAGCGCUGCCUACCGGAAGCACGCCGCUCGUGGCGCCCUCUUCCGUGUCCCCGGGAUCUAUGAGACCUCUCCUGGGACCGGCGAGCCCCAACGACUCAGAGUCAUCAAAGCCGUCAGUGGACCUCGCGGUGGACGACUCAAACAGCGAGGACGAGGAUGGCUCCGACCUCAAGGGCGACGACCUCGGGCCGGGCGGCGGGCAGAACCGCGACGGCGGCGGGUCUUCUGGUCCCGGCUCCCAGCAACAACCCCAAAAGAAACGGAAACGCCGCGUCUUGUUCUCCAAAGCACAGACGUACGAGCUCGAGAGGCGUUUCCGGCAGCAGAGGUAUCUGUCUGCUCCCGAACGCGAGCACCUGGCCUCCAUCAUCCGGCUGACGCCGACGCAGGUGAAGAUAUGGUUCCAGAACCACCGCUACAAGACGAAGCGCGCCCGGCAGGAGAAGGGCCUGGACGGGUCGGCCGGCGCCGGCAACCCGCUGCCGUCGCCUCGUCGGGUUGCGGUGCCCGUCCUGGUGCGGGACGGAAAGCCCUGCCAGCCCGGAUCGCUCAAGGACGGAACCUCGUCCGUCCUGCCCCCGCCACCGGGAGGACCGGUACCGUUUCCCGGCGACCUGGGCUCAGCAGCCGCGGCGGCAGUGGCUACGUGCAUGGGAUCCUUCGGAGGGAGCGUGAUGCCCACCUACUCGCAUCCGAUGAUACCACCGCAACCCAGGUGGUGGUGAACGCCGAACCAGAGGACGGGUCGCGAGGUGGAUUAGAUUCAUCGCGAGACGAACCGAGUGACAGCCGCCGCCACCGUGGGGUGGUGAAUUGCGUGUGGUCCGGCAUAGUCCGGGACAGAGCCGUCACAGCGAGCCAGAGUGUUUGGCUUUCCCCGCAACGUGGACCGAACGGAGAUGGAGACCGAGCCGACGCUCGCGGUUGCAACCACUGCCCUGACUCGACUCCGGAGUUCAUGGCAGUCCAGGACUGAGGUUGUUUGCGCGUUAGUGAUGUGGUUCGUAGUUUCACAUGACGUGGACCGAAACGCAGUGAGCUGAUUCGGCAGUGCUGGCGCGUCUCGCGGCAACCGUGAGUCCGGAGUCCAGGACAGAUAACCUCAACUAGAUAUCGUCGUUGGAAACAAAUCGGCUUGUAAUAGUAGUGACAAAAAGAAGCGAUGACCCCUUGACGUUGAUGUGACACCCGAGAGUUCCAGACCGUUGGUGUGGUUGGUGUGUUGCUAAUUUCGUCUUAUGAAAGAGGUGUCAGAGUGUGUGCGCGUCUUGGUCCGAUGCAGCGUUCACAGAGAAUGACAGCGCCCCUGGCGAUUCUCGUGGCGAUGUGUACGGAGAGAUUGCAAAUUCUAGAUACUACGGAGGUGUCUCCGUGGUCGACAGGAGUGGUGAUUCGAUGCGCGUUGACGAACACAUUUUCGACAAUGUUCUCCGCAUGCCCCUGUAUGAAGCGGUGAAGUGCGAAAUGGCCGCCCCUUCGACACGUUGUGUAAAGAAGCGGACGUUGUGUAAAGAAGCCAGCGCUCUUACUAUAACUCCAGGAGUGACGCCUCUUCGAGCCGCGAUUGGUGCCGGCUGGGAUUUGCACAUAUGUGGUGGAGAAAUUCGUAGUCUUAAAGCUACAUGCAGAGUGCCGAGUCGGUCGCAAGCAGGUCGGAAGACAGACCAGUGGUAAUAGCCAUGUUUGCGAGUGCACCGAAAUGAAUGCAACUACGAAGGCUGUCCUGCAUUUUCGAACAAUGGAACGCGCCGUGUACGUUACAAGUCAGGAUACGGAGCGGUAAUUAUGUUGAUUGAGGACGUCGCUAAGCCUACACACCGUGACGCAGACUUCGGCUGUAGCGGCCCCUCUGCAGCAUUGAAUUUAUUUCGAAGACACUGUGUCGUCAGCGAUCAGCGCGUGAAAAGGUUUUCUUUCGCAUUUUAGGAAAGAUAAUCUAACACGCGUUAUUCGUCAGCUUCAGAAAAUGGAAUACGCGCUUUCGCAAAUUCUCGCUACCACUUUCCAUUUCCAUUGCAGUUGUUACUGUCGUUGUGUAAGGCAUCGCGUGGCACAUUAUUUCGUGGUUGGCGGAGUUGAAAGCACUGUAUGUACUCUGUGCAGCCGAGCGUACACGGCGUCCAGCUUAGAUUCAGGUUUUGCCGUCUCAAGUCCUGGUGCAGGCAUGAUAGGGGAUGUGUAAUCUUAAGUGCGUCGAAAGGUGUGAAAUAGGAAUUUCGUGCAAGCGACUUUCACAGACGCGCUGAACGCGUAUAACAGUGAAAGCAAGCGUAGUGUCGUCGCUGGCUGCUCGGUGUUCUUGACCAUGUUCAUGACCAGAAAAACUUUGAACAUUGCACCCAUUAGUCCUUUAAUAUUGACCUGGAACGCUUUCAUAAGAGUACCUCUCCAUUGGAGAUAGGUGUUGACUGAAGUGCUGAGCUUUCGGGCAUCAGGGAAUUGAAACGGAGAGCAUUGAUUCACACUUGACAGAGGGGAUGUAUUCGGAUGCCCAAGGACGGUUACUGACAAGGAUCUCUUUUAUGAGAAAAACCUUGUAAGCCUUCUAAGAAACAUCUAGAAACAUAUGGUUCCAAGCAUUUGAAAAAAGUAACAUGUUCUCUUUCACAAUCGCUGUUGCUCAUGUGUUACUUUUUGGGUCUUCACAGCAGUCCACAGUCUCCUCAGUUGAUCUCACUCCAUCGUUACUGGACACCAUUAAGGAAUGAUUAGCAGCCAACGAGAAACAUUUUAUCCUAGCUGUUUUGACCCUAAGUAAAGUUGAAUUUUGCCGGAGGGUCUUAAGCCCCACUUCUAGGCAAAGCCUUUCAAUAGCGAUGUAGUGCUUUAACUCUAUCUGGAGGUCUAAAUAUGAAAAGUUAGAGGGUCUUUUGCAUUGCGGUGAUAUCAAAAGUUGAAGAUGAAGACAGCACUAUAUGAUGACCCUAUCGAUCGGUUUCUAGCGCAGUCCACGAAGACAUUGACUGACCCUGGCCCAGUAGGACUAGCUGCCCCGUCCUAAAGGCACUGCUACGCGUUGGUCUUGUAGCCAUAGACGUUGGCUUAACGAGAUCCCUGCACAACACUGCUUGCGACACACCUUUGUAGAGAAGAAAACAACAUAUCCGUCAGCGCGCUUGAUUAGGAGGACUGCUUAGAUGUAACUGUCGAAGAGCGUCUCUUGCCACAAGCUCUAGCCACUGAGUCAUUCUGUUCGGACGUGUGGACAGUUCACGCGCACACGUGUGAAGCAACUCCGUUCUGGCUGACCUGCGACUUAUAUGCCGUAUUUGUUCUUGAGAGGACGAAGGACCACCCAAGUUCGAAGUGCAAGGCUCGUGUACUCCGUGGACUCUGUUCCAAAACCGCGUUCGUGGCACCGCAAGGGUGACGUAGACUUUGAACAUGCUGACAUAUACCAAAGAAAGACUCUAUGGGGCGCUAUGAAUGGGAAAGUGCCUUAGUCCCUGCGUACCAAGUUAAGAGUAAAAAAAAAGUUUGUUGCGGGCCCAACAAUGACCCGCAAACUGUGUGCGCAUGUGUUUGUGUACGUGGUAUGUACACGGCUGCGUGCAUUUAGACCACUGGCACGGGCGACCGUGCACGGUAAUGUGUCAGCGUUUAACGCAGCCUCGCUUACAUACAAAGUGUGUAAAGUGCGCAAACACACGCCCUACAUAUGUUGUUUCAUACACACCCAUUCACCCCGCAGCUUGUGCAUGUAGAAUUAGUCUCUCGUGUUCCGUCUCUGCCACUUUUUCCGGUUUAGUCUAUUCUUCUUUAAUGUAAUGGGCUGAAGACACCUUUGUCUCUCUAACAAAAGAGUGAUUUCAAAAUCCUCAAACGGUUAUAUUGUUUCUGCAUUUCACACCUUGAUCCUUGUUCUAAUACCACGCUUAGUGUCCUGCAUACAAUGUUGUACCGAAUACAAUGCUGCGCUUAAGCAUUUAGUAGCCAUUUGAAGAAAUUUCCUUGUAAGUGCGCCUCCGCCUUCUGUGCUAAAAGGCAGUGACGAGGAGUUUACGACAAAGUUCGAAUCGUUGGAAAGUAUUCCGCGAUUUGUCCAAGUCUUUGCGUAUUCCUAAGUUUAUGAAAAUCAUCUGUCAAGGUUGCAAGGAGUCGAUUAAAUAUUUUUCUCAUUGGCGGACUGCGCUAUCUGGCCAAGAGAUAUUAAAGGUAUAGUUGUUAAGAGAUGAUUUACUUUGGCCAAAAGAAGUUGCUUGAAGUUUUGGCCUGUACAAAAUGCAUGAUCUUCUACUCUCAGUCUACACCGAAUCAGAAAUCAAACACGCACAGGUACUUGAACUUGAAACGAACGUGUGAGAUGAAUCCUUCACUAAUGGAUGUCUGUGUAAGACGUCGUCAUGACAUAAUAUUUCUUACAACUUAUCAGAUAUCUGUGGUGCAAUGCAAGAUUGAAUUUAUGUGAAAUGGUGUGCCUAGCAGUGAGCGACCAUGUAACCUUUUAAAAAGCGUCACUUGAAACUACGCAUGGAAAUAAAUUAUUGCAUUGGCAUCUUCAUAAAAUAUAACGUUUCCAUAGUUGUAUACUAGUGCACGGAAGGGUAUCACUACAAUUGAACUUCAUCGUAAAGCCACACUUUAACAUACACAAAUGCAACAUUGGGAUCACACGCGUGUACUAAAUUCAGCAACAACACAAGAGAAAUUUGUACUUUUAUUAAGAUGAUUUGGUAGUUUUGUCAAAGCGUUCCUAUUCCUUAAAUAAUUGAAAAUUUUGCAGUCGCUACAAUCUACAAGCUCUACGUUGGAUAUUCCAAAUGACAGUGAAAAUAUUCACACUUGUUACUGUAUUGCAUUUAAAUGUUGUUCAGUUUGCACCCUGCCACCCGUAGACGGGGUCAGUUCAUGAUAUUCGUCGUAGAAAAGAUUCAAAGAAAAAUGUUUCCCUUGCUCCAGCAUUUAGAUCGAGGAGCACUCCAGCACAUUUAGCGUCGAGUUGCCGAGUUUGGAAGAGUUUUCGCUGUGGUGUUUUAGAAAUGCCGCAAUUCGUCUCCCAUUCGAGAUAUUGAAAGUGACGGGGUGAGUGCACGAAAUGUUCGAGGCCUUUCAGUUCCGAUUUCUUACCCUGUACGAGGAAUCUGCGGGACCGCUUUUCAAUUCUGCUUAACUAAGCAGCUGCUGUGUUAGAACAUGCUUUCAGUUAUUGCUUGUAUUGUAGUGCUUUCGUUUUUUUUUUCGCAUUCACAUGCUUCAUCUAGUCUCAGUGUCAAAAUAUACAUGUACAUUUCACAUUUUGCGGUUGUUUUCUUUUUUUUUUUGCUUUUACGUAGAUGUUGGAGGGCGAAGUAGAAAUGGACAAUUGCCGUACCUGUUUUAAAUUUUGUGUUGUUCUCAAAGAACAUAUUGUCACCUGACGAGUGCGUCAAACUGUCAUUUUAAGACAGCCUCGAUGUGACUCGCGUUCAUAGAUUUCUACUUACCUGUUGGCAGCAAGCGAAAAAUGUGUCAAAAGUAUGGAGAAAAAAAAUAUACGUUGCAAAAAAAUAUGUGUUGCAAAAGUGCUCUUUUGUUUUCUAGUUUUGCUAACGGCUUUGUGUUGGCAUAUGUACAUAAAAUAAAGAGAACGUGUAAGUAAAACCUA